GGCGCAGAGCCAACCGAUGCAAAGUGUUGCUAGGAGUCUAGGACCAAUAAUGUAGUUGGAUUGUUUUCACCUCCAAGAGCUAGUGUAUAUUGUAGGAAGCUUGCAAUGCGGGGAACACGAAGGGCAUAGUCGUCAAUUGCGCCCUUCCGAGUUUCGCCACAGCUCAGGCAGUCCGGCAGUCCUCCCACUCCCUACACGAGGACGCUUGCCCUCUCCGUCAUUAACCAUCCCAACCCCCCAAGACCGGGACCUCCCUUUCCGUCCUCUCGCCGCUCCACUUUUUUAACGUAGACGCCCCACCACCCACCGGCGCGCGACCGACGCCGGCGAUGCUCCGGCUGUCGUACUCGCGGCGCCUCCUCCAGAGCAGCAGCGACAGCGGCGGCGCCAUCCCCGACCCGAACCCCAAACGCAUCCCGGGCAUCCCGCCCGCCGACCCGCCCGCGGCCGUCAACUCCGAUGUGGUGGUGAUCCUCGCCGCGCUGCUCUGCGCGCUGAUCUGCGUCGUGGGGCUCGCCGCCGUCGCCCGCUGCGCCCGAUCCCGGCGCAACAGGGGCGCUGGCGCGGGGGGCGACGGCGCCCCGGCUUCCCCCUCGAGCGACGGCGGCAGCGGGCACCGCCACCACGCGCACCACCAGGCCACCGGCGCGAGCGCGGCCGCCACGACCACGACCGCGACCGCGAGCGCGGCCGCCGCCAGCAAGGGGCUGAAGAAGAAGGCGCUGAAGGCGCUUCCGAGGCUGGCGUACGCGGACGCGGUGGCGGCGGCCGCGGCGGCCCGGGGCGCGGCGCCGGCGGCGGAGGGCGAGGAGGAGCAGGAGCUGCUGGCGGAGUGCGCCAUCUGCCUGGCGGAGUUCGGCGAGCGGGAGGAGGUGCGCGUGAUGCCGCAGUGCGGGCACGGGUUCCAUGUCGCGUGCGUCGACACCUGGCUGCGCUCCAACUCGUCCUGCCCGUCCUGCCGCCGCCCCAUCGUCCUGGACGACCCGGCGCCGCCCAAGCGGUGCCGCAAGUGCGAGGCCGUCGUCCUGGAGGCCGUCCUCGCCGCCUCCUCGUCCUCCUCCGCCGCCGCCAGCGGAGGCCGCGGCGGUGGCGGGUUCUUGCCGUAGCGUCAGCAGUGGUUGGCCGGUUGUUUGUCUGACGGGUGGGGGCCAGGCCGGGUCCUUGGUUGUUGAGCUGCCCCCAUCAGCCCGUGCCUACAUGUCACUGGUACAGCGAAGAUCCCCUCUAAAGCAAUGAAAACGAAAAUAACUAGAAAGAAAUGCGAUUCUUUUUGUACAACCUUUUGGAGUUCGCAGCUUGGGCUCGUGGGGAACUUGCAACUGGUAUUGUACAUGAAAAUUGUAAAUUGGGGGUAAAAAUCUACUACUUCACAAAUAUAUGACAUCAUUAAUUAUUUUUGAAAACUUUGACCACUUGUUUUAUUCAAAAUGUAAAAUUUUAGGUGUAGUACAAACUACCUUAAUCGAUAAAACAAAAUAAAAAAAAAUUAAAUGAUAACUUAUUAUUUUUUAAUUAAGUGGUUAAAGUUUUUUUAAAAAAUUAACGGUGUCGUAUAUUUAUGAACGCGAGAGUAUUUGUUUUUAUAUAUACUAGUGGCACUGUAGUUUCUAGGGAAAGUCCACUCUGUAGUCUAUGAAAUAGAGAGGAUUUAUUUUAUUUUUUAAGAAAUAUGAGUUACUCUCAUCAGUAGACUAGGGUGUGCUUUGGCAUUAUAUUUCUGUGAUGUUUACAGCUUGGAAGCGGACAGGCCGUUGGAUCA